GUGGAGCUGUCUACAGGAAGACAGUCUGAUGUGUUAUAGUGGUGUAUGGUGCUCUGUGUUGGGAGGAAGAAGAACAGGGGAGGAGAGGCAGAGGCAGUAUACCAGAUGAAAGGAGAGAGGACGCCCUCUUUCCUCUUCAGCACUCCUCUCUGACCAUCAAUCAUCCAGGGCCAUUGUGGUCCUGUCCAGGGUAGCCUGCAGCGCAACCACACAGCCCAGCCACCCAGCCAGGCAGCCAGAAGAGAGGAGAGGAGAGAGGGGGCAAGGAGCUGUAGCCUUCAGGGAGAAAGGAAAGUGGAAAAUAAUGGCAGCCAGGGAACAGCCUUCUUCCUGUCCUCCUCUCCAGCCAGUGCUGCUGGGCUUAGGGGCAGCGCUGCUCUCCUUCUGCAUCUCCACUGUAUUCUCCCAGGUCCCAGACCCAGAGCUUUUACCGACAGAUCCCCCAAAGAAGCCAGACCCAGUCACUUCAGAAACAGUCGUGUUCUGGGGACUGCGGUUAUGGCAGGUUAUUGGCAUCUUCUCUAUGUUUAUUCUAGCAGUCAUCAUAACCCUAUGCUGCAUCUUCAAAUGCCGUAUCCCCAGGACGAAGAAGGAGAUUGAGGCGCGACAUGCUCAGAGAGUAGCAGCUAAGGAUUACGCCAACACACUGGAGACAGUGCCUCCUCUCAACGAGCUCACAGAGAUCCCAGGAGCGCUCCUGGACACUGCAUCCCUCCCGACGGUCUCUGAGCAGGUCCAGGCUCGCAGCGCCAGCAGCAGCCAGCUCCCAGUGGUGAGAGAGGAGGAGGAGCUCACUGGUCCCCUCACUCAGCCUGAGACUGGAUGACUUUCCUCCCUCCUUCUCCUCCUUCUGGUCCCCCUCACUCAGCCUGAGACUGGAUGACUUUCCUCCCUCCUUCUCCUCCUUCUGGUCCCCCUCACUCAGCCUGAGACUGGAUGACUUUCCUCCCUCCUUCUCCUCCUCCUAGUCCCCCUCACUCAGCCUGAGACUGGAUGACUUUCCUCCCUCCUUCUCCUCCUCCUAGUCCCCCUCACUCAGCCUGAGACUGGAUGACUUUCCUCCCUCCUCCUCCUCCUAGUCCCCCUCACUCAGCCUGAGACUGGAUAACUUUCCUCCCUCCUUCACCUCCUGGUCCCCCUCACUCAGCCUGAGACUGGAUGACUUUCCUCCCUCCUUCUGGUCCCCCUCAUUCAGCCUGAGACUGGAUUACGUCCAUCCCUCCGUUUCCUAUUUCUUAUUAUUUCUUCUCAACUUCCCUCUCCACAUUCCUAUUUAUGUUCUGACAAAAUGGGCAAUCCACUAGAGGGAAUAUUGGAGAAUGCAGCUCAGCAUUCAGUAAUUCACAAAAAAGGAAUGAAUAGCUGAAUAGAAUAGUUCAUUGAGUAGCUCAGCGUUGGUCAUUACUUCCCAGAAAGAAUGACUUGGAGAUUGUUGAGACUAUUGCCUGCUGAAGAGUUACAAUUGUAGGUGUUAAGUACUUGAAAUGGGUUUCACUAUUUCCUCAUCUGCUCUUUGUUAAUAUACUCAUCCUUGUCGAUCACACAUUGAUUGUACAUUGGACACAGAACUGCAAGUUCAGUAUCUGGUAGCCAAAUGUGGAUUAUGAAAAAAUGUAGAUGAAUCUUUAAGGCUUCUGUCAGUGAUGUUGCAUGUCUAUGCUUGUCAUUUGUUGUUUUCCUUCUCUUCCUCUGACUCAAUCUGGAAGCUUGGCUUUGAAUAAAUAUAGCUUCCCUUUCA